AUCUAGAUUAGGCCUAGAGUCUAGAUCUAGACCAAGUUAUCUAAUCUUGAUUAAGAAUUUAACUCUUCCCUCUAGAUUCUAGAAUCUAGAUCUAGAUCUAGAUACACUUUUAUUUGUUAAGUCAUUAACAGCCAUAAAAAAAACAGAUAAGAUAACAAGAACAAACACCCUAAAUGUUUUCAUCAGAUGAAGAAAAUGAUUUUGAAAUAGCAGAACAGCUGAUGAUGUCAGACCUCACAGAGUCAACUAAACUUGUUGGGUCGCCAACUAUCAAACCCACGUCUUCACAUGUGAUCAACUCAAAGGUUUCACCCCCUCUCCACUACGAUGGUAUUGAUUCUGAAAGUGACUCUAACAACGAGAUCACGCUUUUCAACUCACCUGCAAGAGGAAACAAAACAAUGAUGGGAAAUUCAACAAGAAAUUCCACAAUUUAUGUGUGGCUGCUUUCAUUCUUUGCUGCCAUUGGAGGAUUUUUAUUUGGAUAUGACACUGGAGUCAUAUCUGGUGCAAUGCUUUUACUUAAAGAUGAAUUUACUCUAUCGUCGCUUUGGCAAGAAGUUAUUGUCAGUGUCACUAUUGGUGCAGCAUUUUUAUCAGCACUUUUUGGGGGUUUUCUAAAUGAUAAAUUUGGACGUAAAGUUGUGACAAUCUUGGCGAGUUUUGUUUUCACUGCUGGUGCAGCUGUCUUAGCUUUUUCUUACAAUGUAACCAUGCUGGUCAUUGGAAGAGUGAUUAUAGGCAUUGGAAUAGGUUUUGCUUCCAUGACGAUACCUGUAUACAUAGCUGAGAGUGCUCCAGCUCAUCUUCGGGGGCGUUUGGUUACUGUCAACACCCUGUUCAUUACUGGUGGACAGUUCAUUGCAAGCACUAUAGAUGGCGGUUUCAGUUAUGUUAAGCCUAAUGGCUGGAGGUUUAUGCUUGGUCUUGCUGGUGUGCCAUCUUUAAUACAGUUCUGUGGGUUUUUCUUUUUACCGGAGAGUCCUAGAUGGUUGAUGAGUAAGGGGAGAGAAGCGGAGGCCUUGAAUAUUCUCGUGAAGCUGAGGGGCACACAUGCAGUAGAAGAUGAAAUGGCUGAAAUUAGACAAAGUAUAGUCAUGGAGUCCAGUAAUAGAUACAGUGGAGGAAAUACUUUUAUUCGUAUAAUGAAAACAUCACCAGUUCGAAGAGCUCUCAUUGUUGGCUGUGGACUCCAGUUAUUUCAGCAGCUUAGUGGAAUAAAUACUGUUAUGUACUACAGUGCCACCAUCAUAAAAAUGUCUGGGGUCAACGACCAACAGAUGGCCAUCUGGCUGGCGGCCAUGACAGCUGGUGUCAACUUCCUGUUCACCCUUGUUGGUGUCUGGCUUGUGGAGCGCAUUGGAAGAAAGAAGCUCAUCAUGGCAAGUUUGACAGGUGUUACUCUAAGUUUAGUUGUGCUGGCUGUAGCCUUCCAGCUUGCUGCACUCAAUUCUCCAGACAGUCAUCAGAUACAUCACAAUGACACAUGCUCAAUUUACAGGACUUGUGAAGCUUGUGUUGAAGACACCCACUGUGGGUUUUGUUACUCAGGAAGUGGUGCAGCAGUGAAUGGCUCCUGCUUAUUGACAGAUCCCAAACAGAGUUCACACUCCCAGUACGGUCAGUGCGACAACUCAACACUGCCAUCUGGGUUUGUUUGGGCGUAUGACUAUUGCCCCACGUCAUAUUCCUGGAUGGCUAUUUUAGGUCUGGUGCUCUAUCUCAUGUUUUUUGCACCAGGGAUGGGCCCAAUGCCAUGGACCAUCAACUCUGAGAUUUAUCCAAUUUGGGCCCGAUCCACUGGGAAUUCCCUCUCUGCUGCCACCAACUGGAUAGCAAACCUGCUAGUGUCCAUGACCUUUCUGACCCUCACAGAGACACUAACCAAGUAUGGUACAUACUGGCUGUUUGUUGGUAUAGGCAUCCUAGGUUUAGUGUUCAUUGGAACUCUUUUGCCAGAGACAAAGGGAAGUAAGUUGGAGGAGGUAGAAGAUCUCUUUACUCAGCCAUACAUCUGCUGUGGUAAAGUUCAGCCACCAUCCCAGUACAAAGCUCUGGGACAUGAACCGACAUCUUAGC